CCCGGGCCGCCGCCGACGCCGACACGCGCCCGCCACGCCGACGAUCGACGAAAACUAGGCGAGGCACCGCCUCCGGAAUGUACGGCAAUGCGGCUCCGCUGACGGAUCGAUAGCCCGGACAACGGUGUACACACGCGCACUGGCGACACGCUGUCAGCGAGGCUGCCGCGGACUGGUCGGAAAGAGCACGACACGAGCGAUCGAUGCUCUCUUCCUCGCUCAGGAAAGAGAUGAACACAUAUUGCGCAUGUAGGCGCGUCUUGCGGAAGAAAAAUUUCACAGCUGAUAACUAAAUAGUUCCGCAUGCCACCACUGGGUGGCGCGCUAAUGAUAACAACGUGUAAAACGUCACAGCUGUCAAAUCAGUCAAGUGUCAAACCGGCUCGCUCAUGCUCACUCGCUGAAAGUCACCAUUCAGUUGAAAUUGUUUAUUAAUAUUCUGUUUGGAAAUUCUACAUUAAUCUUUAAAUAUCAGUGAUUUUUCAAAUCGGAAUUACACAGAAUGUCUUUUAAAGUGAUAACAAGAUCGGUAAAAACUUUAAGUUAUGUUGGGAGUUACAAGAAAAUCAGGGAUAGACCGUACAGACUAUUCUGUGCUGCAAUACUGGGCACAGGGUAUGUAGCAUACAGCCAGUAUAGGAAAAAUAAAGUUGAAAUGAAGGAGAUAAUACAACUGAAGAACUACAUGGCUGAGCCCAUCACACCUAUUGAACAACUGGAACAGAACAGUGAUGACAUGAAGACACAGAUGGAACUACUCAUCAUGAGGAUACAGGCUGAAUUUUGUAAGGCCCUUGAGAAAGAAGAGGAUGAGGAAGCCAAAUUCAAAGUGGACAGAUGGCUUCGUAAGGAAGGCGGUGGCGGGAUCUCGUGCGUAUUACAAGAUGGCAGAGUCUUCGAGAAGGCAGGAGUUAACAUCUCUGUUGUGUCUGGCACCUUACCACCAGCGGCUGUGCAACAAAUGAGGAGCAGAGGUAAGAACCUCCAGAACUCUGAGCUGCCAUUCUUCGCGGCUGGCGUGAGCGCCGUGAUCCAUCCGCGCAACCCCAUGGUCCCCACCAUACACUUCAACUACCGCUACUUCGAAGUACAGGAUAAAGAUGGAGUACAAUGGUGGUUCGGCGGUGGCACAGACCUCACACCGUACUACCUGAAUGAAGAGGACGCAGUGCACUUCCAUCAAGCACUGAAGCAAGCGUGUGACGAGCACGACAAAUCGUACUAUGAAAAGUUCAAGAAAUGGUGCGACGACUAUUUCUACAUUCCCCACCGAGGAGAGCGUCGUGGCAUCGGCGGUAUAUUCUUCGAUGACAUCGACGCACCUAGUCAGGAGGCCGCCUUCAAAUUUGUAACGUCAUGCGCUGAAGCAGUAAUACCUAGUUACUUACCUAUUGUGAAGAAACAUAAGGAGGACGCCUAUGGCUACUUCGAGCGCCAGUGGCAGUUGCUCCGCAGAGGUCGCUAUGUUGAGUUCAACCUGAUGUACGACAGAGGCACCAAGUUUGGUCUCCACACUCCUCAAGCGCGAUAUGAAUCCAUACUCAUGUCUCUACCUUUAAAUGCUAAAUGGGAAUACAUGCACCAGCCUAAACCAAAUUCUCCCGAAGAGAAGCUUAUGAAAGUACUAAAAGAACCCGUUGAAUGGUUAAAUUUGAAGAAAAGUGAAGGAAGGUCUACCGCAUAAGAUGUUAUAUUUCUUGUUUUGUGGUAAUGGGUUCAUAUAACAGUGUUAAACACUAUAAAAAUCGUUUAUAAAUAUUAUGAUAUAUUAUACAGUUUUAGAUAAUGUUUUAAA